AAUAUAUCUCUCUUAAUUCACUUACCUGCCCUACCCUUUAAAACAAAAGACAUUUUUUAGUGUAAUAAAGUUAUUUCUCUCAAAAACGAUCAUGAGCACCACUGGUCCAGGUAUCUACAAUGACAUAGGCAAGAGAGCUAGAGAGCUGCUGCAUCAAUGUUACCCUCCAAAUUCACCAAGUUCAAACGCAGACAAGUUGUUCGACAUCAAUGUCGACAGUCGCUGCCAAAUUAGAGGAGCUGUGCCAGGACUUAGGGUGUUCUCUGGAUUAAGGUUUCCUCUAGAUGGGAAGGUAGAAAUGAGAUACUUUCAUGAGUAUGGUGGGAUAACAGCAGGCAUGAAUUUGCCAGCACCAGAUCAGCCUGUUUUAAAUUGCUCAGCUGUAGCAGGUUUUGGUAAUUUCUCUGUUGGAGGUCAUCUCUUCUAUGAUAGCUCAUCCGGGAUGUUUGAACAGUACAAUGCAGCUUGUAGCUUCAGCACUCCUACUUUCAUGGCUUCCUUUGCCUUGAAUGACAAGGCGGAUGCUGCGAAAGGAUCAUGUUACUGGUCAGUUAUACCCAAAACAGCAAUUGCAGCUGAGGUGAACUAUAGGAUCUUCGACAAUGAGACAGCCUUCACAUUUGGACUCCAACAAGUACUAUUUGGAGGUAUGUCAGUGAAAACACGGGCUAGCAGCACAGGGAGGAUAUCUGCACUCAUCGAGCAGCAGCUGUUGCCAUGGUUCUUCAUUAGCUUAUCUGGAGAUGCAAUUGCUUCAGAUGUGACAAAUGGCUGUGUAGGUAUCUCUGCAUUUUUUAUGUCGUCAAUCAAUAACGAGGAAAGGAAGAGCCUUUCUUCGUCUCUCGGAAAUGAACAAUUGGGAGCAGACUUAUCCUUCAGAUGCUCACUAUUCAAUGCACAGCCACUUCAAUACAUUCGUGCUAAAUUUAAAUCAAAUUGAUUUCAUAAAUUUACUGAGAGAUGACAUUAUAUUUUUUUGUAAUAUAUAACAAAAACUUUGCAUUGUAUAAAGCAAAGAGAAUUCUUGGUUUCAAUCCUACUACACUACGAGUAAGUGAGUGGUAACCUUCAGUAUAAAAAGAAUUGAAUUGAAUUGAAUUUAAUCAAGUUCCUUCUUUUGUGCAUUUUCA